AUGCAUAGUGCAGUAUUUGCGGACGUUCCAACAUUCCGUAUCAUCGCACCCAAAUUUAUCUGCAAUUCCGAAGUGACCGGAAGCGUGCCCACCGCCAACAGCAGCACCGCCAGUAAGGAAACUACAACGUUCACGAUCGGGUUUCAAACCAAAGCGGGUCAACGGUUGCAGUAUCGGUUGACGGCGUACUUCCGGCUGCUGGAUGGGUUCGUCUCUCAGCGACAUACCGUGGGUCUGUGGCGAUCCGUACGACUGCUGGAACGGCGUGUUUGGAGUGAACGGGAGGGGAUCGCAGAAAGUGGCCAAUUGACGAUCGCCAGCAGCGAGCUGCUACCUGGCGCGGUAUAUUCCUUCGGUGUCGUCGGUAUCGCCGAGGAUGGAGAAGAAAGUGAACCCCAAAACUUCACCAUGACCUAUCGAAGCGCCGGCACCACAUCCUUCGAACAUGAAGGUUCUUCUGCGAGGGGACACGAUGUAUCGUUGCUGCUACUCGGUGCCGAGAUGACGUACGCCGAUGUGGACUACAGUGUAACGGCCAAGCUUAUUUUCUGUCGCCCCAGAAACGAUUACUCGUUCCGUUGGUCCGUCAGCGGGUUAGACGAAGAGUUUGUUCCGGUGGCUAUGGAGCGGUCCAAUUUGCUGCGUAUUCCUGCGGGAAGCCUGACACCGGGGCAGAUUUACGAGAUCCAGGCGCACGUAUGCUCAUCCUCCAAUGCUGACGAAACACUGGCAAAGGCACGCGUGAAGGUUGCUGUUCUGGACAGGCAACCGACACUAGUUCUACUACCCACGGAAACUGUCGUGGGAGCUGGUCAGGCAACGCAUGUUCGUGCACUGGCCGUUUUCGGCCACCGCUCGCGUGAACUGAACUGGUCCUGUCGGGGUCCGGAACGAGAUUCAACCUGCAAUCUUAUCGAAUCGGUUUCCGAGGCUGUAGCAACAUUGCAUGGAGAAGGACAGUACACGAUAAGCGGAAUGAUCGGCAACGAGACGGCAAAAAGUACCUUAACCGUCCAUCCAAAAGUGACGGCCUCGGUACAAGUCCGAGAAUGGUCCCACUAUCCGGCAAUAGCGGGCCAGCGGUUCGAAAUGCUUGUUACCGUGUCUGGACUCGUACCGAAUUGUGCCUCGAAUUGGACUGUCCUUAAGGAGGAAGGAUUUGCCUAUUUCGAUCCAAAACUGAUUGGCGGUUUGGGAGGAUUUUUCAUCCGUGAUGUUGAGGAAAAUUUCCUCUCCGAGCUGGUGGAUUAUGGCAACGAUACGAUCGAGAAAGACAUCGCACUCACUAUCCCGGAAACGAGGAGUUUACCCGCACAGUGGUCCGGUUUGGAAGCAGAUGUGCGCUACAAGUUCAGCCUAGAAACCGUCUGCCCAGAACCAAUCGAUGAUGCUUACGAACCGAAGAAAUCGACGGAACGAUCACUUAUAAAGAGCCAUUGGACGUUUGAGCUUGAAACGAACGGUGCCCCUCGCGGGCUUCCGCUAGAAGUAUCGCCUACAGUAAACGGAACGGCACUCGGAACGGUUUUCAAAAUGAGCACCGGAAUUGCGCAAGAUUCGCAAAUGGACUACCCGUUGCGAUAUAGCUUUUGGUACGUGGCCGAUGGAGUUUCCGUCAACGUUGGCUCAUACUACGAAGUAACUUCGGCGGAAACGGUGUUUCCCUACACACGGAACAAGACCGUGCAGACGUAUGCGGUGGUGUGCGAUUCACGUGAAGCAUGUUCACGAAUCGUCGGUCCCGAGAUAAGCGUCUUACCGGGCAGCGAACCGUCGGUGGAGGAAAUCACAUUCGCGUUCGAAUCCAUCGAAGCGUUUUUCAAUAGACUAAACCUUCGGCAGGCCCUGAAGACGGCGUAUGAACUGUUGCUCACACUGCGGAACCGAGAUUCCCAAAGGUACGACGAAUGUUACGAACGGUUUGUCAAACUCUUACAAUCCUCCAUCGAGCAUAUCGGCAAGGUGUGCGAGGAAACGACCUAUCUGUCGGAGACCGCCAUCCAGGAGUUCGUUGCACAAGCCAAACCCAUCCUUGAUUUGAAGGAAUCGACGAAUCACGAGACGUUUCAGCUCCUGUUGGACCUGCUCGAAAAAUCCACCCAUCCGCUUCGGUCGCGGUCGAAACGCGCAACCCCACCGCCGGGCCCGGAAGGCUUGACAAAGAUUGACACGAAGCUGUCGUUGAUGGAGAGUUUGACCGUGUCGAAAAAUGCAUCCGUCGCCGAACAAGCACGGACCAAUCUGUUGAACUACGUGCAUCAAGCUGCGAAAGAUUAUUGCUCACUCGAGUCUCGGUAUGUUUACGCGGGCCAGCUCAUUAUGAUCGAUGUAAACCGCUAUCGGACGCUUCAAGCAGCUGGCUUGAAUCGAGUGGAGGGUCCAAACAAGGUUGUACUGACAUCUGGACGGUCGCAGUUCGGGGAUGUUUUUCCGGAAACGGAGUACUUUUGUCUAGGCCGUGUUUACUACGCUCGCGACCUGUUCAUCCCACGAGAAUUGCACGAACUAGACUUGGGGUUCUACGAAGUGUUUCUGCUGUCCGUCGAGAAAACCGGCAUUUGGACGUUGAUGGAAUGGAACAACGACUACUUUCUCUGGUCGCUGGAUGGCCGCAGACUUCCAAAUGUGACGUGUCAACUAUGGACCGGAAAUGAAUGGAGUGAUCGUGACUGUAUCACUGUAGAAACUGAUGACGUUGAGGUUCUUUGCAACUGCACGAGAAUUGCAUACUUAAGGAUAACAAACGAUACAGCAACGGAAGUGCUAGCAUACACUGACGAAAUAUCCGAGACGGCUAACCCCCCGCAAACCCCAACAACACAUCCACUGAGAGACUCAAUGCUUCAGGGUGCUGUAAGCAGCUCAGCAGAACCAGUGAUGACGAGUGCAGUUCACGUGAGUCCGAAAUCUCAAUUCGACUUUAUCAAAACUACCGACAGUGAUAUGGUCACGUUCGCGGCUCCAAAAACCGACAAUUGGUCCGUCAAACCCUCCGAGGUAACAGCCACCGAGAACGCUUCAAGUUUGCUGCAGGCCAGUGGCGAAAAUGACGAGAAAUCAGCAGUGCCCAAAGACACUUUGCAAGUGUCAUCCAUCGGUUACAUCAUAAUGGGUGCACUAGCAAUCAGCACCCUACUUACGAUGACGCUGUUGGUGAUAUACCGGCGACAGAAGUCUGGAGUGCGCCUUGCCGACGAACUACAUGCCGUACCAAAUCGAACUCGCACGCAAUCCCCCCACGUGCGCUAUGCGCGUUUCCAGGACGAGCACAAUAUGGCUGGCGGCGAUAACGUGUCCACCAUAUCGGACGUAUUAGUGACCUAA